AUGGCGAAGAAGAAGGAAAAGAUGAGUUUUAGCCAUCUGAAGAGUAAUGACUGCACCCUUGGAUAUGAUGCCGCCCUCCUCAACGGACUGCAAGCAAUGGACCAGUGGAAUGAGUACUUUAACAGCCCCAAAGGCAACCUCCUAGGCCUGAUCUCCGCAUCGCUCUUCCUGCCUGCGAUCGUAACACCAUACAUCGCUGAAGUAUUGUCGCACCGCUUCGGUCGGAAGAUCACAUUGGCAGUCGGCUCGCUUCUGUUGAUCCUGGGCGCAUUCAUCAAUGCAUUCGCCAACAGUCUAGGCAUGUUCAUAGCCGGGCGUGUCCUGGUGGGAGCCGCUGGACCUUUCGGAAAGAUCACUGCCAUCGCGCUGCUACAUGAGAUCGCACAUCCAAGGCUUCGCGGCAUGGUAGCGAGCUCGUACUACUGCAACUAUUAUUUCGGCAGUAUAGCGGCAGCAUGGUUCUGCUAUGGAUCUCUGCAAUGGGGAAAUACAUCAUGGGCGUGGCGGGCGCCGUGUCUGUUCCAGAUCAUGGCGCCUUGCGCCGUUCUGCUUUGGCUUGUGAUUAUUCCUGAGUCUCCACGAUGGUUAAUCGCGCACGGUAAAACGGAGAAGGCGCUGCACAUCCUAGCUAAGUAUCAUGCCAAUGGUGACCGAGAGGACGAACUGGUACAGUAUGAGUAUCGAGAGAUCUGCCAUGCGAUCUUGUUGGAGGAGGAGAGUAAGCAGACCAAGUACACCGACUUCUUCAAGACUUCCGGUAACAGACGGCGACUAUUGGUGCUCCUGACCAUGGCCACUGGAACCAAUUGGAUUGGCAACAGCAUCAUAUCCUACUACCUUUCGCCGGUCCUCAAACUGGUUGGCAUCACAAGCUAUGUUCAGAUAUCUGGUAUAAACGGCGGGCUCGCCGUCUGGAAUCUCUUCCUGGCCUACGCUGGCUCCUUGAACGCAGAGCGAGCUGGACGGCGCAAACUGUGGCUGACCAGCACAAUCGGAAUGCUGUGCUCGUAUAUCGUCAUCACCGGAUUGUCCGGAAGCUUCGCCAUGACCAAGAGCCAUGGUGUAGGUCUUGCGGUUGUGCCGUUCUUGUUCAUCUACUACGGCUUUUACGAUAUCGGCUGGACACCGCUACCAUUUUCGUAUGGAGCCGAGAUUUUGCCGUACCAUUUGCGCAUGAAGGGUUUGAGUGUCAUGCUUUGUACGCAGAAUGUGGCGCAAGCAUUUAACCAAUGGGUAAAUCCUGUGGCAUUGGCAGGUAUCGGAUGGAACUAUAUCGUGUACUUGGUCCUGCAAUGCGGGUACCUGGCACUCAUCAUCAUGUUCUUCCCGGAAACUAGACGUCUUUCAAUCGAAGAAGUAUCUGUAUUGUUCGAUACAGGCCGUCUCGGUAAUGCAGACGCAGCCACGGCGAUCUUGCAGCAAGACCAGAAGAGUGUGUCGAUCGCGGAUCCAGCAGGUUCCGAUGACAAAAGAGGUGGUGUCUCUAUGGUCGAGAAUGAAGCGCCGGACCAUGGACGUCAUGUAUAA